UUCAGGGCACGCAGUCAGAUGUUUUCGUUGCCGACGCAAGACACAGCAGCAAAACCAUGUCAUCAGCAUUGCAAUUCUACAUUUUAGUGCUAUAUUGAUUUUUAUUUUGCUUAGUGUCACACGUUAUUGAUCGUCAAUUGUCGCCGUGGUCUGUCGGUAGUUAGAAAACUAAGAAAUAGCUACAUACAAGUGAUGGCAAUGUCAACAAACGGCAUUGGGACUUUGAUGGACGAGUUCGAGGAAGCAACGAGACAAUGCUUAACUUUGUUAGUAGAAAAUGAACCGUUCAAUGUCAAGACUGGGACAUCGGCCGAUAAAAAUUUGCAUCAAACAAAUGUUGAGCAAACGAUUUCGAAAUUUAUAGAUUUAGCUCGACAAGUUGACAAUUACUUUUUGCAGAAUGCUUUCUUUAUAUCGGUCGCAAAGCCCGAAAUUAAUAUUAACAAUGAAGUUACUGUAAUGAGAGAGGAAAUAGCAUACAAAGACAAACUUAUACAGAAAUACGAGGAGAAAAUUAAGUUAUGGAAAAAUGUUUUAGACAACCACAGACAUCCACCUUCUGCCAUACCAGCCAUUCCACACAAUACUAAUCCAACGCCAAGUGAUCACAUUCCCGUGUCGCAACAACAAUAUUUACAACGCCAAACACAGCAACAGAUGUCAAAUGUUCAAUCACCAAUGUACCAAUUGCAACAAAAAUUUCAAGGUCCUCCGCGUUUUACGUAAUGUGAAUUAAUGUUACAAGCUAUUGAUCGUAAUA